UUGUUUGUAUACUUAUUUGUAUAGAAAGUUAUCUAACUGAUUGUUGAUAAAUAGGUACUUAUCUGUACAAUACAAUGAUACGACGGAAUCACGUAAUAUUUACGCUUAUCGCAUCUGCGGCUUUAGUUUGUUCAGAAAACUCGACAAUGGCUAACCUCAAAGUGUUGGUUUCUUCAAAGGAUUUCCCUGAGAGUGGAUUGAAGAUUUUGAGAGAACAUUUCACGGUUCUCCAAACCCAGCACUUGAAUUUCGGAGAGGAGGGCAAGACGCAGAACUAUGAAGAGCUGCUGAAACUCAUACCGGGUUGCACCGCCCUCGUGUGGCUCUCACACCAUCCCAUCACCAAUGAGCUGCUGGAUAAAGCUGGGCCAAAUCUAAAAAUGGUGGCUACAGUAUCAGCUGGUUACAACCAUUGCAAUGUCGACGAACUAAAGGCGCGAGGUAUAAAACUGUCGAACACACCUGACGUGCUCAGUGCUGCCGUCGCGGAACUGGCAGUCAGCCUUAUGUUGGGAGCAGCUAGGAGAUUUACUGAGAACUUGGAGCAAGUCAGAAGUGGCAAAUGGGAGAUAGGUUUCGACGUAGUCUUAGGCCAGGAGAUACGCGGCAGCACUGUCGGCAUCAUCGGCUUCGGCGGCAUUGGCCAGGCUGUCGCCAAGAGGCUUUCCGGCUUCGACGUCAACAAGUUUCUUUACACCGGACAUAGGGAGAAGCCUGAGGCCAAAGCUUUAGGUGCUGAGUUCGUAUCAUUGGACAAUCUGCUGGCCCAGAGUGACUUCAUAUUGCUCGCUGUGCCGCUAACCAACGAAACCAAACUCAUGAUCAACCAGACCACUUUGGGGAAGAUGAAGCAGAAUGCCAUUCUUAUCAACGUCGGACGUGGAGAUUUAGUAGACCAAGACGCCUUGUACGAAGCCCUCAAAAACAAGAAAAUCUACGCCGCCGGCCUUGACGUCACCACGCCAGAGCCUCUGCCCAAAGACCAUAAACUGCUGUCGCUUCCUAAUGUUUUCAUACUGCCCCACAUCGGAAGCGCGACAGUGCGCACACGCAGCGACAUGGGCGUGCUAGCGGCAAGGAACGUAGUCCAAGCACUCAGCGGAAAACCACUCAUCACACCAGUGUUGCCAUAAUAUUCAACUAAUUUUAGGCAUUAAUUUAUCUCUAAAGCAGCAUGUUAUUAAUUGACUUAUAUGUUAAUUUAAGUAUAUAAAUUAUGUGAUAAUAAAAAAUAUUUAAUGA